AUGUCGCUCGUCGAAGAAGCUGAUACGUUCGGCGAAAAACGCAUAAACAUGGCAUACCUCUGCAUUGUUGGUGCUCACGUAGUCAACGGUGUUGCGGCGAUUCAUUCAGAGAUACUUCGAAACCAAAUUUUCAAAGAUUUUUACGAGUUGUGGCCAGAGAAGUUCCAGAACAAAACUAACGGAAUCACUCCUAGACGCUGGCUGUUGUUGUCAAAUCCAUCGCUUGCCGAUGUCAUUGCAGAAAAACUCGGCGAAUCUUGGAUCACAGACCUGAGUCAACUCGUCCAGUUGAAGCAGUACGCCAACAACAUCGGAUUUUUGGAGUCUGUCAGGAGAGUCAAGCAGGUAUCCAGUAGUCGUCAGGACAAGUUCAAGUUUUUACUGAUUCAUUAG